AUGGGUACACGAGGGCUCCAUAUCGUCCGCUAUCGUGGACGCUAUUACAUCUACUACCACCAAUUCGACAGCUAUCCUGAAGGAUGGCCAACCAAGCUCGUCAAUUCCAUCCCUAAGGAUCGCGCAGUCUACGAAGAAUGGCUCAGUGCGCAACGCGCUGAGUAUGAGCAGCACGACAGCUUUUUCGAUGCUAUCACAAGUGUCCUCCCGAUUGAGCCUGAAUCCGAGGACGAUGACACCAAAAAGCGGCAGAUCUCAACCUCCGCUGACUGUGCAAGAGCCCCAGAUGCGGAAUACUUUAGAGGGAAAGACUGGUGUAGCAUGCCAGGUUACGCUACUCGCUUCAACGAUCUCGACAUCGAAGGAAUUUACACUAUUGACCUCGACCGUGAGAUCUUUUCGGUAGACAACCAGGUUCAUUUCAGGCUUGAUCAAGUCUCUCGCGUGGACUGGCUCUCUGUCUUCAGCACCCGGGAUGAGGAUGGAAACCGCAUUCGCAACCUUGAGGCGGUACCCCAAUCUGCACUGGGCAUGAUCGCCAGGCCGCAAAAGCCUCUGAAGCCAAAUGCCAUCACACAUUUUCUCAAUCUCAAAGCUACGAAAGUCGAGUCGAAAGGUCUCGCCGGAUUCGCACCGUCCCAGCGACAUGGCGUCCUCUUGUGCGCUACCCUCUUCCAACGCUGGCGCCGCGACGUUAUGCCGACUGCGGAGCAUCUGAUUGGCAGCUGGACGGUCAAUGACAAGAUGUUCCGCGAAUACGCCUUCAUCGUUCUAUGCCUCGCUUCCUUGAGCUGCAAUGUGGACAUGGAAUUUAGCGAGGAUAUGAAAGGUGAGUCUCGGCUAGGGUACUAUGAUUUCGUCGUCGGUCCCGAUGAGCACAAGACGUCAGAAUUUGUGGCUCUGCCAGAUUUUGGAGCCCACCUUGAUGGCAGUUUAGCGCCACCUUGGCCGACAGACUCAACCUUCGAACUGGAAGGGGCUGUAAUACGCCUCGUUCCCGAUCUGGAAGACAGCGAUGGCCGAUUAGAGGAGGAGCUCUUGUCCUUACACGAACACUGUACAACUAUGUAUCCCAACGCAAGCACGGACGCCAUCCUCUUUUCGGUCGCAUCGGUUGUCCUGGUGAAGAUCAAGGCCAAUGGCACCAUGAAACACACCGAUAUCCUGCCUAUCUUCGACUUGACGUGCGAUCCCACAAUCAACGAAGGCAUGGAGCGUUCUGACUACGACCCUCUGAUGCCCUAUCAAGAGGAUCUUGGGCCGAUGGGCAAGGCACCUGGUUCUGAGCCACCCAAACAAAUGACGUCAGAAGUUAAAUUGAUGGGUCUUUUCAAUCAGAUGAUGUUUGGCCCCGAUACUGAUGAAAACUCCCGUAGCGUUGCUGCCGGAUUCCGUGAACUCCAGGAAGAGACAGGAACUUCUAGAAUCGCUAAUUCAGGGACAGAGGCGGCUGUUGUAGGAGAAAGCGAGACAGUAGGUAGUCAUGCGGACACACAUGAAGGUGAUGGAGACAGCGCAGCAAGCGAUCACGAAAACAGACAGGAGGCUAAAGAUGGCGAAGUAGCAAGCGGUGGAAAAGGAGAACAUGAGGCUGAUGCAGGCGAGGCAGUCAGCGGAAAGAAAGGAUCAGAGGUCCCAACCGAGAGUUUGCCAGCUCAUGCCCCUGUAGCAACGACAAUCACUGAUGAAGCGGGACGCAAUCAUCGGCCAGGAACGAGUGGCCAAGAAACCGCGACGAUUGAGGGUGGCGAUGAUGGACGCAUUAACCAGCCCUCGACUCUUGACAAGGAUGUCACGCCCACUGAGAGCAGCGAGGAGGAAUGCAACGACCAGCCUAAAUCAAAAGGUAAGGAAAGCGCGCCCAUGACUCGCCACGAUGAGGAACGCAACGGCCAGUCUGAAUUAAACAAUGACGAGAUCGCAGACAAGGACGAAAAUGGCAGCGACAACGAAAGCCAAGCAAGCUCCUCGCCUACGAUGACAAACACCGGCUUCUACGCCCUCUCCCACUUCUUCUCGUCCGUAGCGCGCAAGCGCCUUGCAUCCUUCCGACAUGCCCCCUCCCCAAAAAUGCCACUCGAAGCCUACCGCCUUAUCAUUUCCCACGUCACCGACCACCGCACCUUCCGUGCGUGCAUGAACACCUCACUACUAUUCCGCGACCUCUGCAUGGAGAGACCGCUCUUCUCCACAAAUUAUGUACUCCUCGCCAAUGACGCCAGCAGGGGUGAUGUGGACGCCGCUGCAAGAAUGGUAGAGGAAGAACGGUUGGUUUGUAAUCUUUAUGAUAGGGAAGAAGAGGAAGCGGAGGAGCUCGUGGUAGGGACUCUGCAUCGGUCGAUGUUCUCUAACAAUGGGGGUGGCGAGGAGUAUUGGAUGGCGGUGCUGGGUAACGAGGAGCAUAAACGCAUGGCGCUUCCGUCGACGGCGCUCGUGUGGAGGAAGAAGGAGGAGUGGAGGAAGAAUACGUUCGAGGUUCGAUUAUUGAGUUAUCGAAAUAUUUGA